AUGUCCUUUUUUAAAAAAAACUUUUCAAGUUUAAACUCAAAUAAUUCUCUCCCGCAUUCCUCAGAUAUGGAGGACGACCAGUUCUCAAAAGUUGCUAAUCCCAUUCAACCUCCUGAAAACACGCCUCCUAAAAGAACACAUACCAUUGAAUCAAGUUUUGAUGAAUUAAUUCCCGUAAAGAAACAAAAAUCUGGUAAAAAUAAAAAUAUUAUUAAUCGGAGUGUAAUCGCUGAUAACCUACACAGUAGGCAGACUCCGAACUUAAAUAAAAAGGACCUCCCACAUACCAAGAGAAGGAGUAAAUCGCAUGUUUAUAUUGCUUCAACUAACAAUGCUCCUGAUGUGGAUAUGCUCUCCCAAGUUCUGGAGCAUAGCCAUAAAGGGGUUUCCGAUGACAUGAAAUUUAUGGACGUGGAUGGGUAUAAGGAAAGAGCAGUUCAAAGAGAAAGUGAGUUCCAAAAAUAUCUUAGAGCCAGAGAGGAAAGAGACAGAACAUCAAAUGGUCCAAAGAAAAGUAUCACAAAGUCGUAUAUAGAUGCCAAGCUUGAUAGCUCAACGUUUUCUACAUCGGAUAUUGGGAUCUAUUCUAAGGAGAAACUUGCGCUUAGCUCUUUUUCUCACGGUAAGGAUAACCAGAAGAAACAGUCAGCCGGUGAACUUUCAAUUGGAAGCUUGCUAUUGGGUACAGAGAAAAAGGAAAGCUUGAAAAAGGAAUUUGAAUACAGAAAACCAUAUAUCACUCCCAAAAUACUUGCAAAAAAGACUGAUAUAGUCAAGCUUGUCAACACUUACAAAGACAUUGUCAGUGGAAUUCUUAAUGGCGAGGUUGGAUCUUAUUUCUAUAAUGAUGUAAAAAGGUUACAGCAGGGUUCUAAAUUAAUGACAAUAAAAGAUGAUGAAAUUAUAAAUCUUCCCAAAAACAAGUACUAUGGUUAUAUUGGAGCUGUUCGUGGGUUUCAUAUUGGUAAAGCAAUACAGGAAAAUCCAGAUAUAUCUCUCCUUUUGAGGAAAAAAAUGAAGUUCAAUAAGGUAAUCAAAUUCCUGGGAAUAGACAACUUCACACAAUAUGUGCUAGCACCUGAAAUAAUAGCGCAUCUGACCAUGAAGAUAGGGAAACUACCAGAUUUGGACUCUGCAUAUGAUGAGAUGGAGGAGACUAAUCAAUACGGUAUGUUUGUUACUAAUACAUACGAACUUGAAAGCGAUGAGCAGGUUGAAACGAUAGAUACUUCCUCUCAGGAGGAAAUGGUAUCCACAACCUUACCUUCUACGUUGUUGGUAAGCAGCGACGAUGAUCAUACAUUAGAUGAUGAAGAUUUUAUGAAUACAAUAUCUGAAGCUAUCCUAUCAAAGAAAUAG